GUGGCGGCGGGGGCAGCCUAGACACAGGCACUGGGCUGGAGGCUUAGGAGGUGGUGGUGUCACAGGGGGCCAGGGAAGCCUUGGGGAGCAGCCUGCCUCUCAGAAGCCCCUUGAAGGACACACCACAGAUGCCAGAAGUCAUUGAAUGAGGACAGCUCAGCUGAAGUGAGACAUCCAAGCUAGACAAUGGCUGUGGCCCUGGAGUCUGAGGUCCAGGCAUUUCCCCCACCAGAGCCUGAUGACCUCCUGAUUGUGAAACUGGAAGAGGACUCAUGGGGAUCAGAACCCAAACCCCUGAAGGACUGUGACCCUGUCCCUGGUCCUGAGGCUUCCCGUCGGCGCUUUAGGCAAUUCCAAUACAGGGAUGCAGCUGGACCCCAUGAGGCCUUCAGCCAGCUCUGGGCUCUGUGCUGUCAUUGGCUGAGGCCAGAGAUCCGCCUCAAAGAGCAGAUCUUAGAGCUGCUGGUGCUGGAGCAGUUUCUAAUCAUCUUACCCCAGGAAGUGCAGAGCUGGGUGCAGGCGCGCCACCCUGAGAAUGGGGAGGAGGCUGUGGCCCUGGUGGAGGAUUGGCACCGAGAGGCCCAAGCUGCCCAGCAGCGGGAACUAGAGUGGUGUGCAGAAGAGACUAAAUCCUUAAAGGCAGCACAAGAAUCUCAGCGUUUCCAGCUGCCGCCAGAUCACAGGCCUGAGAGACAGUCCCAGAAGCAAUGGGUGAAGGAUUCAUGCAUCCCUAAGCAUCUAAACGCCAAGAUGGCAUCGUACCUCUUAAAAGAGAGUGCUGUCCUUACUCCUCGGGUCCCUACUCUUCCAAAGAUGGGUAGUGUUGGAGAUUGGGAGAUGACAGCUGAGUCCCAGGAAGCCCUGGGCCCCGGCAAACAUGAUGAGAAAGAAUUCUGCAAGGAGCCCACAGGAGAUGAUUGUGGGAACAGCAUGUGUCUAGGAGUUUCAGUUUUGAAACCAAGUGUUACUUCCCAGCUAGAGCAGCAAGGACCAGAGUUCUGGGAUGUAAACCUUACAGAUUCUGUGAAAAGGAGUACUGCUGAUUACAACCUGGAUAAUGAAUCUGCAAAACCAGCUCAGGUAUUGGCCUUAAAUGACUCCAGGGCCUGGGAAGAACAAUACCAAUGGGACGUGGAAGACAUGAAGGUAUCAGGUGUUCACUGGGGCUAUGAGGAGACCAAGACUUUCCUGGCAAUCUUGAGUGAAUCUCCUUUCUCUGAAAAGCUUCGGACUUGUCACCAGAACCGCCAGGUGUACCGGGCUAUUGCUGAGAGGUUAAGGGCACGGGGCUUCCUGAGGACACUGGAACAGUGUCGCUACAGGGUCAAAAACCUCCUGCGGAAUUAUCGGAAAGCCAAGAGCAGCCACCCACCAGGGACAUGCCCCUUCUAUGAGGAGUUGGAGACCCUGGUGAGGGCUCGGACGGCUAUGAGAGCCACAGGUGGCCCAGGAGAGGCUGUGACACUCCCCAGGCUGGGGGAUAGUGAUGCUGAGAUGGAUGAGCAGGAGGAAGGGGGCUGGGAGCCUGAGGAAACGACAGAAGACUACAAUAAUGCUGGCCUGGCUAAUGAUGCGUCUGCCCAGGGGUCCAGGAUUGCAGGUGGCCCAGUGCUCCUCCAGAGUCGUAUUGCAGGUGUGCACUGGGGCUACGAGGAGACCAAGGCUUUCCUGGCAAUUCUCAGUGAGUCCCCAUUCUCUGAAAAGCUUCGCACCUGUCACCAGAACAGCCAGGUAUACCGGGCCAUUGCAGAGCGGCUGUGCGCACUGGGUUUCUUGCGGACACUGGAGCAAUGUCGCUACCGAUUCAAAAACCUCCUUCGAAGCUACCGGAAGGCCAAGAGCAGCCAUCCACCGGGGACGUGCCCCUUCUAUGAGGAGCUAGACUCACUCAUGAGGGCUCGGACUUCGGUCAGAGCCAUGGAGACUAUCAGGGAGGCAACAGGUCUUCCUAGUUCUGGGCAGAACAGUACUGAGGCAGAUGACCAGGAGGCCUGGAGUGAGGUGGCAGAUGAAGAUGCCAUCAAACCUCCAACCCCAAGCCCUAAAACUCCAGACACUGGUUUUGAGUUGAGGCAUAAGGAUGAAGACCAGGUUUCAGAGCAGGACAUUUUUGAGGAUUUACCUGGAGCCUUACCCAAAUAUACUACAGAGGCUGUUUACUCCCCUCAUGACUGGGGGGAAGACAGUGAACAUGAAGGUGGAGGGGUAUGGGGUAAUCCUCCACAAGAACGGUGGGAAGAAUGUUCUUCUGAGGAGGACUUAGAAAAACUCAUUGAUCACCGAGGCCUGUACCUUGCAGAGAAACCCUAUAAAUGUGACACGUGUGUGAAAAGCUUCAGUAGGAGCUCCCACUUCAUUGCCCACCAGCGGAUCCACACAGGUGAGAAGCCCUACACAUGCCUUGAAUGUGGAAAAAGCUUUAGUGACCGCUCUAAUCUCAGUUCGCAUCAGAGAAUCCACACUGGAGAGAAGCCCUACAGAUGCCUUGAAUGUGGAAAAAGUUUUAGUGAUCACUCCAAUCUCAUCAUCCACCAGAGAAUCCACACAGGAGAAAAGCCCUAUAAAUGUGGGGAGUGUUGGAAAAGCUUCAAUCAGAGCUCAAACUUUCUGAAACAUCAGAGAGUCCAUUUGGGAGGAAGUCCUGAGCAGUAUAGUGAGACUGGGGAGAGCAUUGGCCAAAGCCCAUCUCUUAGUGCUCACUGGAGGGAUUCCACAGAGGGGACAGCUGAGCCAUCUCACAGUGUUGGAAAAAACUUGAGCUUUCCUGUCCACCACAGCACCAACUCAGGUGAGAAACUAUAUCAGUGCUCUGAAUGUGGAAGGCGCUUCUCAAAGAGCUCUGCCCUCAUUAGUCACCAAAGAAUCCACACAGGAGAGAAACCUUAUGAGUGUGCUGAAUGUGGGAAGAGCUUCAGUAAGAGCUCCACUCUGGCCAACCACCAGCGAACCCACACUGGGGAAAAGCCAUAUAAGUGUGUAGACUGCGGGAAGUGCUUCAGCGAACGUUCCAAGCUCAUCACCCAUCAGAGGGUACACACAGGAGAGAAGCCCUACAAAUGCGCAGAGUGUGGAAAGUUCUUCCGGGACCGUUCUAACCUCAUCACUCACCAGAGGAUUCACACGGGAGAGAAGCCCUAUAAGUGCAGAGAGUGUGGGAAAUGCUUUAACCAGAGCUCCAGUCUUAUUAUUCACCAGAGAAUCCACACUGGGGAGAAACCCUAUAAGUGUACAGAGUGUGGCAAAGACUUCAACAACAGCUCCCACUUCAGUGCCCACCGGAGAACCCAUGCAGGUGGCAAAGCAUCGUAGGAGACCCCCCCCAACAAAAGAGUGAUAUAUGUUUAUUUACAUCUCCCAAGAUCUUAAGACCUAAACUAGAAAGAACUCUCCCAGUUUUUAAGCUUGGUGUAUAUCCAGAGAAGUUUUGGUAAAAUCCAGGUAAUUUGGAAGUGAAUUACAAAUACUAAGGAUUCAGAUUUGAAGGCACUUUGUUUCUCAAGUGUAAUUUUUUUUUUUUUUCCUGUUUACCCUCCCUGCCCCCAAAUCCUCAGGCUAUCGUUAUAUCUGCUGUUGCAUAAGAGCUUUUUUAGUAUUGAGCCAGACUGGUGGGUUAGGGGAUUAGGGUUAAAUCAGUGACCUGAAGUAGUGAUUUCAGACUCUGCUGUGCCUUCACGCUGCCCAUCCUCCUGGCGGUGAUUCUCACACGUGGCACUUCGCAGGCAGGGCACAUCCUCACAGGAGAACCUUGAGACUGGUGAGAGACGGGCAUAACUGAAAAUCAGUGGCCAAGAGUAGUCCGCCAUGAGCUUAGCAAUGAGUAGGAACAACAGUGACAUCACUAUAAAAUCAUUAUUAAUGAUAGCAAAAAGACCCAGUAUUAAGCAUUUGCUUUUUGGCAGGCUAUGUAGUAAGCACUUUGUAUGUAUUAUCUCAUUUAAUCCUCAUGGUAGGAGAUAGCUAUCAAUUUCCUACUCAUUUCCCAGGAGAAAAUUGAGCCGGACAAAGUUACCUGCAUUGGUCACACGUCUGAAAAUGAGAGAGGCAAAAUUCAGCCAUAUUCAUGUGUUUCCAGGGUCUGAAAUGCUUUCAGUGCGCCACCAAGUUCCCUUUCAUGUUAGGACAAGUAACUCAGGUGCCAGGAUCUCAAAAUGUGAUACUCAAUAAAGUAUCCUUUUGUCAGAUAUGGAAGCCAAGAAUCCCUAAAGAUGAAAGGACCUGGGAUGUUCAGAAUUGAUUGUACUGCCUUGAGUGAGGCUGGGCUAUUAUCAAAGUGCUGGAGGUGAGCUUCCAUUUUCGUAGUAAUAUGGCUGAGAGAUGUGGGUGGGUUGAGACUGAGAAAAAUAUGUAGCCAAAGUGAUUUGUCUUCCAGUGAAAGUGCUUUGGCUAAGGAAGUGGGGGUUAAAAGUUUCUUUUCCAGGGGUCAUUCCUGCAUCUCAUACUUGGUUCCCCCCGUGCUUACUCAUCCCUGUCUUUUGGCCCCUCUUGUUCCUGAUCACAUUGCCAAGGCUGAGGUAGAAGAAGUUUCUGUGCUCUACCGAGAGACACUUGAAUACAAUUCCACAUUCUAGCUAGGUUCAUGAUAACUUUUUAUUCUGAGCCCUCUUGUCCCCAGGCUGACCCAGUGCUGGCCAUUGAGAUGGCUUCACACACACAGGAGGCCUCCAGGACUGCUUCUUGAGAGUGUUUAGAAAUGUUGGCCAGAGACUUGGGUUUCCCAAUGACAUUACCUAUGACAUUGGGAUGACAUUCAUACCCUGGUUAUUUCAUGGCCUCAGGUGGUAUCUGGCAAACAGUGGAUAUGUUGGAACCUUGAAGAUAGGAACUUUAUAUUCAUAUGUGAGGGUGUAGGUAGGGUUUUGCAGUUACCUACAAUAGAAUGAAGCCAUUCCUUAAUCCCUUCCCCUACUCCAGAUUCUCCUUCCCAACAACCAGCAAACUUCAGGUCACUUUCAACCUUGUCCCAGUUUACCUUUCCUCACCCACGUUAUCUCUGAUAGAUAGUGUCCAUGGGAUGAGCCCAUGGAUGAAACCAGCAGAUGUCAGUGACUACAAUAAAAUGAUAGGUAGAGUACUGUGAGGACCAACAGGAAGGGUCCCAAAGGAGAGAAGAGAGUCAGAAAAGCACCAUGAAAAGCAUGAAUUCAGAGGGGGAGGUGGGAACCAUAGGUUCUUAGCACUUUGGGGAUUGAGUAUGAGAUUGGAGGGGGGUGGGGCUGGGUCAGGUGUGAGUGAAGCUUGGACAUUGUGCUCAGGUGACAUUUAGAUGUGGAAAAGUGAAAAUCUUAACUGCUAGUUGGAGCUUGGAUACACUGCAGUUAAGACCACUGUUGGACACGGUGAUGUUCGACCACAGAGGAGGAGGGGAUGCAGUUGCAGUUUCAGAGUCAGACUCCUCAGAAGGGAAAGCCUGGGGUGACUGGGUAGAGCAUGUGUCAUUGAAAAUUGAGGCCACGAGGAGAAAGCAGAGAUAGUGCAAGAGGGCAAAAGAUUAUAAGUUUACUUUGAGACAUUUUGAACCUGUAGCAUCUAACAGACAUCUGUGCAUUUGUGUGUCUGGGCCUGAUGUUAUGGGAGAGGUUAGGACUAGAGAUUUAGCUAUGUCUGCAUAAUAGUGAGAAAGGGAUUAUGUUCAAUGUCAAAGAAUAGGACAGAACUUGAGAAGCACAAAAUGGGGAGGAAUAUGCCCCUCAGGAAAUCUGAACCACUGCCCACUCUUACUCCUAAUAUCUUUGGCUACUGCCUCCCUUGUGGCCGAACCUCGCGUUCUCAGUAGUCCUGAGUUUUUGGAGCCUUCACUGUGGAAGCCAACUUCAGCUAAGUAUGCAAAUGAGAUGUUACCCUUCUCCCCACUGAGUGUCACUCUUCCCCUGUUCUUGUGACUGCUGGCAUCUCCUGUUUUCAGUGGACAGUUUUGAUGCUGAUUAUCACUCCUUUCUCAAAAGUCUUAGCUGUGGAUUCAGCCAUGAAAGUAAGGACAGCAUGAACCAGGAGCAAACUCUGAAUGCAAGUGUUACCUCCCUGUCUGUCUACCUGACUUUUCCUUUGGAAGAAGCAUUCUUCCAGGUGACCCUGUUGCCACCUUGCUGGGACACUAGGCAUCCUCCAGCAGGUCUAAACUAACAUCUGGAUUUACACAUUUGUUCUUGGGAAAUAGAUUUAGUCUGCAGAAUAAUGGCUAGAUGCUCAGGCCAUGUGGCCAUGGAUCAGACUCUGGAAAUAGGGAAAAUGGAAGCAGCAAAUGCUGCCCCCCUCCCCGGGGCGGGGGUGUUUUAUGUGAGCUGCUAAAGGUGAGAUGGUCUCCGCAGCAGCUGCAUUUCCUUUGGCACCCUCCAUCCUCUGUAGAGACCAAGGGGCCCCACUUUCCACACACGUGUCAGGAAGCAACAGACCCAAAGGCAGAGUCAGGGAAGUAUGGACCAAGGCUGCUUUAGAUGCUCAGUGUUUCCUUAGGCCUGGGCCCCAACACUCAGCUUAUGAUCAUGCUGCCUCAGCCUGACUAUUUCUCCAUAUCCUCCUCCCCAAAACAGAGUAAAGCAAGUGAUGUCCUGCUGCCCUGCCCAUCAUGCUAAAUGAAGAGUCAGGACCGCAGGUUUUCCUCGUCCCUGCCUCAUGUUCUGGGCCCCUGUGGGACAGCUCUGUGCCUACAGGCCACAGAGAAGAAUUCAUACCUUUGUGGAGAGGAGUUCCUCCCUUUGUGUGGGGAUACGUCUGAAGUGACAAAUGCAGUGAUGGCUGGAGUGGAAGUGUGUGACAGGUGUCCUUUGUCUUUGUGCUUCAGACUGCUAUCCCAGGCACGUGAUGCUGUUUCGUUUGUUUUUUAACCACCAUGUGGAUAUUGAUGCCUUCUGGAUCUGUCUCCUACCCAGGCCUCUCAGGAGCCCAGCUGCCUUCUGGGCCCACCCUGCUUGGAUGACUCAUGGGUCCCUCCCAGAACCAUCUUCCCUCAUGCAUUCAGCCUGUGCAUUUAUGUACACAAUGGAUCGCACACAAUCCUCCUUCACACAUCUCCACGGAGCUUUACACACAGCCUCACUUCAGUCCUGCCUCUGGCUUGGUCCCACAGACACCUUCUCCUUGGAGGACAUUUGCUGUUGGGCUGGGGUUCCCCAAAUGGCUGAGGAGCUCUCAGUGGAGGCAGUGCCUAGAGCCAGAAUGAAUCCUGUGGAGCAUCUGCUUACUUCAGUUUGGAUCCCAUCCUCCUUUGCCCCUUAGCCACUUUAAACCCCUUCCCCAAUUUGCUAAGGGGUCAGCGCUGCCUAUAGGGGAGAUCAGGCGGGCUUUGCAGGAGAGCUGGAACUGGAACAGAGCUCUGAGGCUCCUUCAGCCCAUGGCUGUCUCUUUACACCCUCAAAAUCAGCACUAUCUUUAGCAUGUCUUUAACAUCAUUUCUGCCUCACUGAUUUUUUUACCAACUGGAAUUACGUCUAGGAAUAUGUUUUGAGUGGGAGGCCUGCCCCUUCCCUGCUUCCUUGUUCCUACCUGAGCCUGGUAGUUGACCUCUGCUCCUUCUUUCCCUGAGUCAUGUCUCUCAGCUGGUCUAUGUCAGGACCCCAUCUUGAGAAGAAAGCCAGGAGCUCAAGACUUUGCUUCUUCUUGGUGUAUGACCAGUUCUCCCACCCUCAAAGCUGACAGCAUCUUGAAGAGCCACUUGAUUAAGUCAAGAGCUUCAGAAUAGUGAAGGGCAGACUGCAAUUAAAGAAUUUUGCCUAUACACACCAAGUGGACUAGGGAUUCACAUUGACAUUGAUGUCCUACUCAGGACACUGUUAGAUUAUCUUUGUAUAUAAUGAUGAUUCUCAUCAUGGCUGCCAUUAUACAAUAACAGUAACAUCUACAGUCACAUUUUCUGUUCACAUUUUCAUUGAAGGAAAGUACCUCCUCAUUGCGCCACCUAAAGGAUUGCAGGCAACAGGAAGGGAGAUUAGGAAAACAAGUCUCUAAGACGGUCCUGAAGUGGCAUUAUGGGCUUGUCAGCGCAAAAGGGACAGGAGCUGCAGGCAGGGGCUGGCAGCUAAAAUCUUGGGAGUCAUAGGGGCUCAGGAAGCCCAACUUUGGUGGCAAGUGACAAAGGCCACGCACAGAGGGGAAGCAGGCUUCUUGUGUUCCACCUCAAGCACUGCUUCUGUAGCUUACUUUCUGCCUGUUUGGAGGAGGCAGUAGAGACCAGUAGGAGGUCUAAAAGGCGCCCCCUGGAGGUAGGGUGAGAAGCUUCUCAGAAAACCCAAGGGGCCCGAGCAGGAGAGAACUCCUAUGCAUCUGUUCAGCACCACGUCUGAGGUCACCAAAUCAUGCCUGCUUCUGAAGUUUCCCUGAAAUAGUUGGGAGAUGUGAGGCUUGCCAGGCUAAAUUCACACUAACUCCUUCUGGCUUGUCGGGUGAACAAAACACAGGUGCUAUUUCUAGGGACAUUCCUUGGUGAACUAAUUUCUUAUGGAAACUAAACAUUUGUGAUUGAUUUGGGUUCUCUUUAAUUUUGGCAAAUUAAAAUAAAGUGAAAUUCAAAUGAAUUACUAUCUGGCCUCCAGGAGGGUCUAAGAUUUAGGGUAAAAUUCUAAAAAAAGAAAACAGGUUCUUUGGAUUUGCAGGUUGUGUACCUGACUUCAUCUCAUCUGGCUUUGUUUUCUUUUUACUGUUGUAUUAUAUACAUCUCCUAGAGCUAGUUAAAUUCUAUUUUUGGAUGGAGUGUCCUGAUUAAUAAAUUAUAUCAAACUACUGUAAAGAAAAGGAAAAGAACUGGUUAUGAAUUUUUCUAGCACCUUUCUUGUUAUACCUAAAGGGCAGAGGAAAGGAGGAAGAGCAAUCAUCAAAACACAAUGUGGCUGUCAGGGAGAUUGGAGCCCAAGAUGUGCAGAGGGCAGCUUCCUUUUCCUGUUGUUCUCUAGACAUGGGCAAAUGUACGUAACUUGAUCAUUACUGCCUCUUGCCCAUAACAACUGGCUUGUUGGUCUGUUGGUCUUCUCCACGUCUACUUUGCUUGUAUGCACAAGAUCUUUGCGCUAGGGAACCUGAGGUGUCUGAGACCCAAAUAGCACAAGGAUGGCUAUGUAUGAAAGAGAAAGCAAGAGGUUCUCAGAGGCGUGUUUCUUAAUGACUCUUCUGAUUUGCUCAGGAAUAGAUUUGUCCUACUUUUUACUUGAGAAGGAGGGGAGAGCUGGAGGGUCUUUAUGGGAUUCUUUCCCCUCUUUUCUCCACCAUUUUCCUUCUGGUAACAUUCAGAAGACUUUGUAGCUCAAGGUUGAGGUGUCUUAAUAAGCUCAUUCUUUUAUCCUUUCCAAUGGGAUAUGGGCCACUCAGGAUCCUUAAAUUCACAACAUGAAUUGGUGGAGAGGGAGACUUUGAUAUAACUUUGUUCAGAAUCCACUGCUAACUCGUUUCUUCCUUCAGGAGUAAAAAUCUCAAGUGUAGGUAGAAGUAGUGCUUGGCAUUGCUAACAUUCUGUAUAUCUUGGGACAGAAUGAGAUCUGGGUGGAAAUGGCUAUGGUCAUUCUAUGGAGCAAGCCAUAGGUCUUAUUUACAUGUUUUUAUAUAACUUCCUUCUAGCAGUUGCUGGGCUUUCAUUGCUGGAACACAGUAAGGGAUAAAGGACAAGUAUCAAUGCCAGGGUCCAUGGAGUCUGGCCAGCCAAUCCAGGCAAUAAUAAGAACUGUGCUAUUGGAAAGGGCUCAAUCUAGACAGCAGAAAGAUAGUCAGGUUCGGUAUGCAUAAGAAGCACUAGGGAGAAACCGUAGCCACAGGAGGUACCUCAUCCACUGGGCUGGCCGUAUUAACUCUCUUAUCAGCAAGCUUCUGGGGCUCAUGAAGCCAGAAGUUUGGAGCUUCACCAGGAAGCUGAGUGGCAGAGUCGUCCAAUCCUGAGGCAGUGGGGAUCAGAAAGUGAAGCUGGGACAUCUCUGGGGUUGAGGUCUUGAGAGGAGGAGUGAAGGCCUGAGUGCUAAAAGUCUGGUGGAAGGAACUGGGUCAGGGUCAUUGAGAGAAGAGAGGGGAGCAAACUAGGAAGGGAGGUGGGUGGAUGAGGAGGAUAGAGAAGGAAGAGGAGCAGAGGACAGGCAGGAAGGAGACGAACAGGACUGAAAGGCACAGGUAAAAGGUAGACAUAGGGGCCAGCUAUCUAGGUGUCCAGUGAGUGAGACCAGCAGCCAUCCAGCAGAGGUGGACAUGGUGGACAUGGGGCAGGUGGGACUGAAGAGGAAAGUGGAACUGGAGCGGGGCAGUGACAUACAAGCUGGUAGCUUCUUUGUGUUUCCCAAAUGAGAAGGGCCAGCUGGACUGCUUGGUGCAGUAUCUUUCAGCCUUCUUCUAUGACCUGGUCUCCAUGGUAACCAGAUGAAGAACUCUUGGUGUGUGCUGUUCAAGAUGGUAGCCACUAGCCACGUGUGCCCAUGGAGCCUUCUAAAUGUGGCUAGCCUGAAUUGAGAUAAUUAGUUUUAAAUAUACAGCAGAUAUUGAAGACUUCUGUGAAAAAACUCCAAAAGAUGUCAGUAUUU